CUUAUUCUAAAAUUAAAGAUCACAGGAAAACUCACGUGUCAGUCAGCUGAGCAUUUCCCCAUGGCUGUUUUUCUCUGCACAACUACCGCGCACGGCGUCGCGGCCGCAUCUUGGAAGGCCUCUCAGUACCACUCACCUAAUGACGUGCUCGCAAAUCCGCCGCACAAGCUCGUUCUCCGCCGUGAAUCCCCUCCCCUUCGUGCCAAAUUACCCUUCCACAGCUCGCACGGACGGUAUCUUAUCAGUCCCUCCGCCGUCUCCAAUUCUCCUGCAGGGGCUGACACUUCGGCUGUGACUGAUGGUACCAAUGACUUGCUGGAUAGCGUGAUAGUCUACGACUUGAAUGGAAAUGAGAUCCCCAUUUCUGAUUUGUGGAAAGAUAGAAAAGCUGUAGUAGCAUUCGCUCGUCAUUUUGGAUGUGUGCUCUGUCGGACAAGGGCAGCCUACCUUGCUUCUGAAAAGGAUAAGAUGGAUGCUGCUGGUGUGGCGCUUGUUAUAAUUGGGCCUGGCAGUGUUGAUCAGGCAAAAGUUUUCUCUGAGCAAACAAAGUUCAAAGGAGAGGUAUAUGCAGACCCUAGCCAUGCAUCUUAUGACGCACUGAAAUUUGUCUCUGGUAUUACCACCACAUUUACGCCUGGGGCUGGUUUGAAAAUAAUACAAGCAUACCUUGACGGAUAUCGACAAGACUGGGAGCUUUCAUUUGAGAAGGAUACCAGGACAAGAGGUGGCUGGAGGCAAGGUGGCAUCAUUGUUGCCGGCCCUGGUAAACAUAACAUCUCAUAUAUCCACAAGUCGGAAUCGGACCCGCUCCUCUUCAAGUCCAAGCUGAAACCGGACUCCUCCAUCCUCCAAACCCUAAAAACCCUAAAAUCCACCUCCGCCGCCACCUCCUCCGCGAGACCCACCGCCCUCUCGGAGCUCAACCUCUCCACCGCCUUCCGCGAGGUCUGCGAUCUCCCACUUUCCUCUGUCCAAUCGAACAUCGAAUCCCUGGUACUCUCCCUGGCCCACUCCAUCCUCUCCGGCGCCGGAUUCGCCUUCUCAGUCCCCUCCCGCACCGCCGCCAACCAGCUCUACGUCCCGGAGCUGGACCGCAUCGUGCUCAAGGAAAAAUCCUCCACCCGCCCCUUCGCCAACGUCUCCUCCGUGCGCAAAGCCACCAUAACCACCCGGAUCAUCCAGCUCAUCCACCAAUUGAGCCUAAAAAACAUCCACGUCACCAAGCGUGAUCUCUUCUACACCGACGUCAAGCUCUUCCAGGACCAGUCGCAGUCCGACGCCAUCCUCGACGACGUCUCCUGCAUCCUCGGCUGCACGCGCUCCAGCCUCAACGUCGUCGCCGCCGAGAAAGGGGUCGUGGUCGGCCGAUUGAUCUUCAGCGACAACGGCGACAUGAUCGAUUGCACCAAGAUGGGGAUGGGAGGGAAAGCUAUCCCUCCCAACAUCGACCGCGUCGGGGAUAUGCAGAGCGACGCGCUGUUCAUCCUCCUCGUCGAGAAGGACGCCGCGUACAUGAGAUUAGCAGAGGACAGAUUCUACAAUCGGUUCCCCUGCAUAAUCGUGACGGCCAAAGGGCAGCCCGACGUCGCCACGCGCCUCUUCUUAAGGAAGAUGAAGACGGAACUGAAGCUGCCUGUGCUGGCAUUGGUGGAUAGCGAUCCGUACGGGCUGAAGAUUUUAUCCGUGUAUGGCUGCGGAUCGAAGAAUAUGUCGUACGACAGCGCGAAUCUGACGACGCCGGAUAUAAAGUGGCUGGGGGUGAGGCCUAGUGAUCUUGAUAAGUAUAAGAUACCGGAGCAAUGUAGGUUGCCCAUGUCGGAGACGGAUAUCAAGACGGGGAAGGAUUUGUUGGAGGAGGAUUUCGUGAAGAAGAAUCCGGGGUGGGUGGAGGAGCUGAAUUUGAUGGUCAAGUCAAAGCAGAAGGCGGAAAUUCAGGCUCUGAGCUCCUUCGGGUUUCAGUACCUAACGGAGGUGUAUCUGCCAUUGAAGCUGCAGCAGAAGGAUUGGCUCUGA